AUGUCGCUUCCGGAGCCGGUUGAACCCGAACCACUCAAUCGCCCACUAGUCGUGGAAAUCGAUCGAAACUACAUUGAAAACUUCAUUGACUACGCGGAGGGCUUUGCGAGAGAAAUGGUGGAAGACCGUGAGAACGUUGCGCGAGGAGAAGCCAACAGAAACGCUCAUUCCGCUGAAAUCCAAUUCAUUAGGGAAGAGAGCAAUCGAAUCAUUCAAGGACUUGACGAAUACUUGGCUUCGAUGGAGCACUCCAGAGAAUUCCUUUUGGAGAUGAUCAACAUGAUUCAGGCGCGCAGGAAUCAGAUUAGAAAUGGCAACGCGCUGGCGCCACCAGCCGGAGAAGCUCAAAUCCAGGCCAUACAGGAGCGGGCCGUCGAAGAGCCGCCAUCUUCGACUCGUAGCGCCCAGCAAUUGAGAAAUACUGCGCGUUCGGCCGAGGUGAGAACGAUUAUUGCCGCUGACUGUUCAAAAUCACAAUUCAGAACGGGACACCAGGCUCCAUCAAGCAGGAGGAGUUAGAAAAAGACGAAGACGGCCAGCCUGGUCCGAGCAACCGAAUCACGGUUAAUCGCGAUGAGCCGAUGAAUACCAACGAGUGA